ACCACGCACACGAGUUCGCUGAGAGCACGCAGCACUGCAGCAGAGCGCGGGCUCUCUCAGCCAGGCGCCAGGACAGGACACUCACUGCUAGUCUACUAGUGCUGUGCUACCACUCCGCAGCGGAAGGUGAUCGAAGCUCGCCAUGGCCAACAACGCCGCCUUUGGCGUGCAGGGGAACGCGGCGGCGGCCGGCGCGUGGUCCUCCGGCCUCUGCGACUGCUUCGACGACGUCGGCGGCUGCUGCCUGACGUUCUUCUGCCCGUGCGUCACCUUCGGGAGGAUCGCCCACAUCGUCGACCAGGGAGGCAGCUCGUGCUGCGUGAGCGGGUCGCUGUACAUGCUGCUGGCGUCGGUGACGGGGCUGGGCGCCUGCCUCUACUCCUGCAUCUACCGCUCCAAGCUGCGGUCGCAGUACGGGCUCACGGAGAAGCCCUGCGCCGACUGCUGCGUCCACCUCUGCUGCGAGGCCUGCGCGCUCUGCCAGGAGUACCGCGAGCUCAAGGCCCGCGGCUUCGACAUGUCCGCCGGAUGGCAAGACAACAUGGAGAGGAUGGGGAAAGGCGCCGUGACCGCCCCGCCGCAGCCGAACCCGGGGAUGUCGCGUUAAUGAGUACAAACUGAUGAAUACUCCUAUAUAUAUAAUAUAUACGCGCGCGUGCGGGUGCCAGAUGUGCACGUAUGUCAAGCUGGCCGACCUCUACGUCUACAUCGACCUUGUCGUUGCGUUUCUUGCUUCAAGCUAUCGUACUAUUUUGGUGGUGCAAUAAUCCUUCGCAGUCCCUAUAUAUAUUAAGAUCUUUUUGCAUUUUUUCAUAUACAAAAGCAGGAGCCAAGUGCAUUUGGUCCAGAAUCUCUACGUAUGUUUUGUUUUCGAGGAAUAAGAAGUCAGUCUAUUCA